AUGAUGACGUUGUCAGAGCUGACAGCGGAGGAAGAGGAGGGGCAGCGGUGAUAGGUGUGAGAUAAUAGCAAAGCGGUAUGGAAGCAGCUGCGUGAAUCAGAGCAGCUGAUGUGGAUGUUCAGGUGACUGCGGGCUGCUCCUCACUGCCUGUGGCCGGACCCCAGCUGCUCCACUUGCCUCAGAGAGCAGGUCAGGCUGUCACAGGGAUCCAUAAACUCAGAUGGGUCAGGCACUGUGGAGGCUUCCUCCCAGACAACAGCAGCAGCUUCAGGAAGAGCUGGCCGACCGCCUGACGGAGAGCGGAGGAGGAAAACAAGACCAAGGGAGAAAUGGCGGCGGCGGCCAGAGAAGACAUCCGCAGCACUGUUACAGCCCAGACAUCUAUCAUCUGCUAAAGACGCGCAGAGGUAAAGAGCAGCGCGGGUUCAUAGACCUGGAAAUGCUCCCUCCUGAGCUGGGCAUCACCAUCCUCUCCUACCUGAAUGCUACUGAUCUGUGUCUGGCUGGUUGUGUGUGGCAGGACCUGGGACAUGAUGAAUAUCUGUGGCAGGGGCUGUGUAAGUCCACAUGGGGACACUGCUCUAUAUACAACAAGAGGCUACCUGCUGGCUUCUCAUAUCGAAGACUCUACCUGCAGCUAGACGAGGGCAGCCUGACAUUCAACGCUAACCCACAGGAGGGCAUCAGCUACUUCAUGUCUAAAGGAAUCCUGGUGGAUCACCCUACAGAGUUGGCCAAGUUCAUCUUCUACACCAGAAGGCUCAACUGGAAGAUGCUGCGGAUUUACCUGGAUGAGAGGCGGGACGUCUUGGACGAGUUGGUGACGCUCCAUAACUUCAGCAACCAGUUCCUCCCGAAUGCUCUGAGGGAGUUUUUCCGCCACAUCCACGCCCCCGAGGAGAGGGGGGAGUAUCUGGAAACGCUCAUCACCAAGUUCAGCCACAGGUUUUGUGCCUGUAACCCUGGCCUGGUCCGUGACCUCGGCCUUAGCCCUGACGCCGUCUACGUGCUGUGCUACAGUCUGAUCCUACUGUCCAUCGACCUCACCAGCCCACACGUGAAAAACAAAAUGUCAAAGAGGGAGUUCAUCAGGAACACUCGGCGAGCCGCUCACAACAUCUCUGAGGACUUCGUAGGCCACCUGUACGAUAACAUCUACCUGAUCGGCCAUGUGGCCGCGUAGCAACGGGUCGUCUUCCUGAUCCAGGAGGGACGCCCACACCGUAUGGCUGCUACUGCUUUAACAGAAAGGUUGUCAUACCGGUAACAUUUGGAAGAGAAGAGACUUUUUGCUACCAAAUAUCAGUAGUUUGUAGUUUUUAAUCAAAGGUGAAGGUGAAGGUUGUGGAGUUUGCCUCAAACCACAAACUCUAAAAACUGGGUUUUUACAGAAGUUCUGAUUUUUGCACUGAAAUACGAGGAGGAGGAAGAAUGAAGAUGAGAGAGAAGGCACUGCCCCCAGUCUGCUCCAGCUGCCAGGACACAGCUGCUGGCGUCCCACUAUGACCCGAUCUAAAGACGGAUCUAUGACCGGGUCUACGGCCCGAUCUGCGACAGGGUCUAAAGCCUGAUCUACCAUUCGCUCUAUGAACAGCUCCCAGCCUCAUCAUAACCCUGAUCACCCAGAAAGCUGAAACCUUUCUCUACCACUGCUCACAUGGUGACCUAGAAACACCGUAGAAGGUCUGUUUAGGUUCAACGAAGAUGUUAAUGAAACCUGUUUGGUUCCAAAAUGAAGACGACCUGCUGGGUUUCAUGUAUCAACGUCUUCCAUAAUAUCUGACUGUUUGGACAGGAGGUGCUAAGCUAAGCUAACAUAAAGCUCUGUGAGCAUGGAGGCUAAUGCAUCAUUAGCUGUUGAUGCAGAAGGAGCAGCUUCAUCCAGAAGGGAAAGCACAGAGAUGAAACCUGGUGGUUGUUGGAUGGAAUUGGAUCAAAAUGUAAAUGAUCUGUUCUGAUAUUUAUUGAAUGGACUGAAGCAGCAGGAUUACUCAGUUUUCAUCAACAGGUGCUAUCAAAAUAAGCUGAUCUGGGGGUUAAAAACACUACGGUUAGCGAACGUCAGCAUUCAUGAUAACAGCAGGCAGACGGAAGGUUUUCUUUUCCUGUUUAACUUCCUCCAACAGCCUGAAAGAGUCCAGAUCCACUCUGAGCACCAUAAGGAGGAGGAAGAGCGCUGUGCUUCUAGAAGGAACCUUUGUUCUGCUGGUUGUUUCCAUAAGCUCUGCUGUCUGCAGUGAUAAAUUAUAAAUCCCAUCAUUUUAAUCCCAAAAUCUACAAACCAUCUUUUUGCUCCGUUCUCUGUCCUCCUGGAUCUUACAGGUGGAGAUACACACAUCGACUCUUUUUCUCUAUUAUGUUGAUUUACAGCUAAUUCCUGCCGUAAUCCCAUAAUAACCCACACUACUGCUUCAGCUGAAUCCAGAGAGAGGAUGACAGAGGACGCCUUUAUGCUGAUUUUAUUUAUUUAUAUAGACGUGUUUAUCCUGAUAUGUGGAUGAUCUGAAGUGAUGGAUUACAUGGUCCGUGUUUUUGGUUUCUUUUUAAUGGAGGAUGGAAAGUAUGGAAGCCUGUUAGCCUGAAGCCAAGCAGCUGGCGGAGGCUGGAGAAAUGUAUCUAAACCAAUAAAAUGACAAGUGGCUUGGUA